GCGGGACACCUUGGUCAUUUUACACACCCUAAGCCGGUAAGCCCAAAUCCAUUAUCCUCCAUUCCUUCCGCCUACUUGCUACUAGCCAUUCUAGAGUUUCAAACGGAUCAGUAGUAGCCACUAGCCAGUAGCAUCUUUCUCUCUGCUCUCUUCCUUCUGAGCUGCAUCCCCCACUCCUCUGAAUCUCAGAAUCUGAACUGCACCACAAUUUGUGUUUGUGUUACUAAAGCCUAUGCCUUGCCCUUGAUGGAACUGAACGUGAGGAGAUGGAGGACGGCAAUAGUCGGUGCAAUGUCAGCGGCGGCAACGGCGGCGAUCAUCAUCUGCAAGCCCAGAGACCCCACCUUCCACCUGAUAUCAGUCAACCUCACCUCCUUCAAACUCAAUUUCCCCCUCCUCGACGCCGAGCUCACCCUCAACGUUCACGUCAUCAACCCCAACAUCGUCCCCGUCUACUACUCCGCCACCACUAUGUCCAUCUUCUACCAAGACUCCCUCCUCGGCACCGCCAAGAUAGAGGCCGGCUCCCAGGCGGCCAAGUCAUGCCAGGUACUCCACCUCCCGGCUCGCCUCGACAGUCUCGAGCUCGCCCACCAUGCGGCAAGUUUCCUAGCCGACGUGGCCCGACGGGAGAUGGUGCUGGAUGCAUCUGUCGACCUCGCCGGGGAAGCCAAAGUGCUGUGGUGGAGCCACAGAUUCAAUAUCCACGCGGAAAGCCAUGUCGUCGUUGAUCCCGUCUUCCUCGAUGUGAUCGACCAGGAAAACAACUCCGCCCUCGAACUCUUCAUUGUUUGAUAGUUCAAACUGAUGUAUCAUGUAAAUCCAUACUUCCAUACAGUGAGCAACCUGAAUUUCUAUCAAACAAGUUAGCUCUGAGUUUGAAUAUAGAUUACUGACAGGAAGAAAAUUUGAAGGGUCA